AUAUAAGUAGUAUCUUCCACACUGCCAAUAAAGUUUGUUUGACGCUACGAGAGUGAUUGUCCCUGCCUACUCUCAACCGUUACAAGUUACAGUGAUCCUCACUCCAGCUUUUUCUGUCUAUUGCCCUUGUUUAUUCAUUCUAGAAUAUGAACGUUUUAGGUCCUCUGGGAAUUCAAAGACAGAACUGAUAAUAGAAAAAAGAAAUGGUGGGUGAUAAAGUCUAUGGAAUUGUUUCGAACGUGAGCAUCUUAUCUCAAAAAGAAAGGCUUCCUUUCUCCUCUGAGGUUCUUGAGCCUCUCUGGACUCCCAGCUCUAAUCCGUCUUUGCACGCUUUGAAAUCCAUGGUAAAUUAUGAGAAUGUUAGUGGAGGAAACACAGCAGCAGCAGCAGCAGCAGCUCGACCAUUUUUCCUACGGCUCGAUAAAGAUGAACAUGUUGACGAGGACUACGAUGUUGGGUGCUUUCAUCAACCCGGAAAGAAAAGGAGGCUCACUGCCGAUCAAGUUGAGCUUCUUGAGAGGAGUUUUGAGGUGGAAAGCAAACUUGAACCAGAGAGGAAGGUCCAACUGGCAAAGGAACUUGGUUUGAAGUCUCGGCAAGUUGCCAUAUGGUUUCAAAACAGGCGUGCUCGUUUUAAGAGCAAACAACUGGAAAAGGACUACGAAUCUUUGAAAGCUUGUUAUGAUAAGCUCAAGGUGGACAAUGAAAAUCUUCUCAAGGAGAAGGAAAGCUUGAAAAAUGAGGUUAAUUCCUUGAAGGAAAAAUUGCUUAUCAGAGGGAAAGAGAUGGGAAAUGCAGAGCCACUUGAUGCCAUUAAGCUGUCAAAAGCAGAACCCCAAGAACCAAUUCGUAAUCCAAUUUCUGAAAAUAUGUCCAACGCGCCAAAACUGUUGUGCAAGCAGGAAGAUGUAAGUUCAGCCAAAAGUGAUGUUUUUUACUCUAACAGCCCACAUCGCACUAAUGGGAAGAAUCAUUCUUCAUUGUUGGAGCCUGCGGAUUCAUGUCAUGUCUUUGAACCAGACCAGUCGGAUUUCUCACAAGACACAGAUGAUAAUCGCAGCCAGAUACCAUUGCCCCAACCAUUCUAUCUAAAACUUGAAGAUGGGUGUCACGAUCCGCCUGCAAAUUAUUGUAAUUUUGGGUUCCCAGCAGAAGAUCAGCCCUUCUGUUUCUGGAAUAUCUGAGUAAUUUUUAAGUUCUAGAUAAUGAGUUUAUGCAAUAUUAUUAAGAGUUCUGAGUUGUAAUUAUGAUUAACAAGCAAUAAAGUCAGUUGCCUUGGCCUUAA